CAGCUUCUGCAUUCACAAACUAGUUGUUAGUUGCGAUCCGAAUGCCUGUGCCAUGCACGUGGCGGCAUUGUAAGGAUGUCCAGCUGUACUGAGUGGCUACACCGGAUCGCCCUGGUGGUGGUGGCUUUCAUCGUCCUGAUACUGCUGGGUAUCCUGGCAAGUCUUGGACUCACAGAUGAAGCAUGGGACCUUUGGAGCGACUUAAGGGGUAUGGACCUGUCAACCUACUUUGUGGCGCUCCUGAUUGGAAGUCUCAGCUCCUUCCCCGUGCUAUUCUUUGGCAAGAGCAAGCUUGAGGAAGGGCAGCAAGGUGCGCCCAAAGCGCCACGGGAAGCGCCCCCGGCUCCGGCAGCUCCGGCAGCUUCAGCGCCCUCAGGUGGCUCAGGUGGCUCGGGGGGCGUGCCGAAGCCAACGAGGCCAACGAGGCCGCCGGCGAAAGUGCCAAAACCGAAGCCCUUGAGCCCCAGGAGUCAAGCACGGCAGCUGGUGGGCACCAGAAUGAGCGAGGAACAGGCUGCCAAGGCUGUGGACAAGAUCCUCGCACUGCGGUCUUAUGUGGACAGAGUGGAGCCGAUCGACCUGGAUGAAAUGUGGGGUUUCUUCGAUUUGGACCCCCCUGCAAGUCGCAGAUCAAUGGACCCCACUGAUCCGCUUCUGCAGAGAUUGAAAGGGAAACUCAACAGACAGCGCUUGCUGUUUCAUCCUGACAAGAAUGGACACCCCGAGGCAGAGAAGACCUUCAAAUUCCUUGAAGUUUGCCACCGAAAGUUGAUGACUUCCUACACUCGCCAGACAGAGUCAGUCCAUCAGCGCACAAGACGCGAAGAGGAAGAACUGAAGCAGGAAGAGGCUCGCAGGCAGAAGCAGGAGGAGGAGCGUCGAGCGCAGAUGGAGUUGCUCGAGAGAGAAGAAGAGGAGAAGAUGCGGCGGGUCGAGCUGCAGAAACAACGCUUGGAUCAAAUGCUGGAGGCGAAAAGGUCUGCUUUUGAGGCAAAGCACAACCAAUCUCAGAUGGUGAGCCGUGAUGCGCCCAUCGUGAGUCUCUUUACCAGCUGUGGUAGUUCCAAGAGCAUCCUUGGAAAGAAGGAGGAUGCCGAGGAGACCUCGGUGAUCGGUCGCUUGAGUGUGCGCUUGCGAGCAAGAGACCUUCCGGCCCCUGAGUUGCUCUUUGCUGGCCAUCACUACGCAGUCUUGAGUGUUGGUGAUCAGACCUUUGAAACAAAGAGGGUCCCAGGGCAAAAUUGCCAGUGGGAUGCGAACUACGACUUCCCAAUACAUCGAGUUGACACCUCUUUGGCAGUCAGCGUCUUCCGGGAAGGUUGGUUCCAAGACUCCUUGCUUGGGAAAACAGAGAUCCCCUUCCUUGACAUCGAAGAGUGGUCAGGGCAUUGGAUGGGCCGACUCCUUGAGAGCGAAAACACUGAAAGUCUCAGCGUGGUCGAGCUGCAGGCCUCCUUUGAUUGGUUUUAGUGUGCAAUCCAUCGCUGGGUCAACGGUUCUUCCAAAUGGAAGGGCAAUUGACGAGGACCAUUCAGCCUCAUGAUUCGGUAUCUGAAUCGAAAAAUAUAAAGACCACUCUUUAGGAAUGCUCAUGUUAAAGUGACACGCUUCAAUCUUUGGUCGGCAAUUCAGCUCUGGUGAAAAUCGCCAAACUCGAUGUGCAACAAGUCCAGGAUGAAAACAGCGCACAAAGAUUUGAUGCGGUCCCGUGAACUUGCCAUUGGAGAC